AUGAAAACAAGUGUUCAGCAGCACAAAAUCCGUCAGAAAAACGAAACGAAAACGAUUUUAGUGUGGAAUGCUGCGGAACGAGCGGAAGUGCGAAUCUUUGGUAAGGGCAAAGACGUUUUUGCCAAUCAAAAUUGCACUUACACUCGAUGCGAAAUUGUCGAUAACAGAAUGGAGCGUCCCCUCGAACAUUACGACGCAAUCGUCGUGGUAUUCAAUAGCGAAUUCACAUCCGCCAAUCAAGUAAAGAUGCCCAGGUUUCAGUUCGACCGAAAGAAAAGUCAACGCCUCGUCUUCUUCACACAGGAACCUCCCAUAGCGCUGCUCCCUCAUUACAACAUGGGUCAAUUAACACAUUUUUUCAAUUGGACAAUGACGUACAGAAUGGACGCCGAUAUUCGUUUACUUUACGGCCGGAUUAUCCCGAAAGAAAAGGCUCCCAGGACGUUAGAAGAGGUGAAACAAUUGAGAGAAAAGGACCGUGAUUCUGUGGUUAAACCAAGUCACCACAAGACGAAAACAAUCGCCUGGAUGGUCACCCAUUGCGAUACUCACGGUCAAAGAGAAGCUUACAUCGAAGAGCUAGUCAAAUACAUCGAAGUUGAUGUGUAUGGGCCUUGCGGGACCUUGUCUUGUCCUCGUCACAGUAUCUAUAUUUCAGUCCCAUCGUGCUACGAUUUGCUCGAGUCAACCUACAAAUUCUACUUGUCAUUCGAAAACACCAUUUGUCCAGAUUACGUCACUGAAAAUUUCUUUAAAACUCUGGGUCGAAACAUAGUCCCGAUCGUCUACGGAGGAGCAGACUACACCCAACACGCACCGCCCCAUUCGUACAUCGACGCCCGCAAGUUCAAACCCAAAGAGUUGGCGGGAUUUUUAAAAAUACUCGACGAAAACGACGAGCUCUACAACGAGUAUUUCUGGUGGAAAGAUUAUUAUAGCGUGGAGUCCACACUGGAGGAGAGAAGUCGUCACGCCUUUUGUGAUUUGUGUCAAAAACUGCACGAGGCCGAAGAUGGUGACUACCAAUCUUAUCCGGAUAUGGAUUCUCAAUGGGGCAAUGGCAACCAAUGUCAAACGUUUUAUCCUACUUGGCUUUAA